AACGCCGAGCAUCUGACGUGCGUCGAAGGGACCCCCUAUUACCGGCCGUGCUUCUCUUGCUCAGCGCAAGACACCUCCCAGCCACACACCAUCCGCUUAUGGUAAUCGGAGCUUUUUGCACAUCGCGUCCUCACGGUAUCUCCGUGAUUCCUGCGCGCUACGUGUCGACUGAAGGCGAUCGUCUCAAGUAACCACCCGCGCUUCCAUGUUCCCUGUCGUAUCGUGAGGCCAUGAGCAUCCGUGCGUACUCACGAGCCUGCUGAUCUCGAUGCAUCCUACAUCGUGCCCCGCAUUCGCAGUGCCUUCUUUCUGCUCUACCGUCCGUGACUCGUCUCCACCUGUCCUCGGGCCUGGGAAAACGCUUGCGUAUGCCCCUUCGAACCAGAACGCCUGGGAUAUCUCGACCUCUCGUGAAGGGAUUGCGACGGCUGCCUUCGCGAAGUUGCCCUCAGCAUGCUAUGACGACAACCUGCCUCGGCAUCUGUAUUGCUCUCUCUAGCGACAGCAUCCGGACUUAGGACUCCAGAAGAUACCUCGCAGCCGACCCUUCAUCAGCGCAAACUCAACUC